AUGCCCGAGGACCCGGAUCUCUCCAGGAGACGGAUCGAGCACCAACAGCUCAGGAAGCAGCUAAACGAGGUUUUCGGACCGUUCGAACAGUUUUGCGAAUACGUUGCCGGUACAGCAAGUGCUGGAUCAAGCGGUAUUAUGCGUCAUGGCGUCGUACAGAGCAUGCAAAAUCUUGUGACCUCGCCUAUUCGACCUAUUCAAGGGUUGUCAUUCUCGUUUAAUCAGGAACUACUGGAUAAAGGUAUCAGUCCAGAUUCUGGUGUCCAUUCUGCAGAAAACGAUCCAGGUGACGACAGCGAUAUCCAUUCUGCGCAAACGAUUAUUAACAUAAUAACAAAAUUGUCUCCACCUCUGUCACCUAUCAAGAAACGCCCGUCUGACAAAAAAGUCGAGAGAGAGCGGAAAGAAAUAGAGAUAAAAGAGCGACAACGAAAGGAGCAUUAUGAACAUGAAAUGAGGGAAGAAGAAGGACGAGAACGUCUGGAAAAGGAGCAAGCAGAACGCGAUGAAAGGUUGAGAAGUGAACGAAUGGAGUACGAAGAGAAAGAAAGAGAUCGUGAGGAGAAACUUCGUAGGGACAGAGAACGCGAGGAAAAGGACCACCGAGACAGAGACCAGGAGGACAAAAAGCACAAGGACAAAGAUAGAAAAGAAAAGGAGCGUUUAUACACAAUCAAACGAGAACGGGAAGUUGAACAAAAGCCCAGAGAACAGAAAGAAUACGAGCAACAAUUACGAAGAGAAAAAGAGCGAGAGGUGAGGAAGCAACGAGUAGUUGAACCGUCCUGCGGAGAAAAGAAAUCGAGAGAAUCGGAGCGAGGGGAUGGACACGAAAGAGAUCAGAAGGUCAAGAAUGGGAAUGGGGAACGUAUGAAACUGAAAGAAAGCGGUGGUAGUCUUGGUGAUAGAGUAUCACGUCUGGAUGGCGAAAUUAUCCUUAAAGGUUUGGAUCGAUCAAGAUUGAGCCAGCUGAUUGAAAUCGGAAGGAAGAUGGGUCGUACCAAGGAGGAGCGCAAAGAGGAUGGAAAAGAGAAGACGGAAGGCGUUGUUGAAAGACGUAAAGAGAAGAAGGAGCGGGAGAAAUGGUCUAGUAGUAAAUGCGAUGCGGAGGAUUUAGAUGUUCAUCGUAGGGAGAAGGAAUCAAGUGCGAGAAGUAGUCCGUGCAUGCCUCAUGCGUCCAGCUCACAAUCGCACGAUGGAAAUGAUCAAACUCAUUUUCGUUCUUCAUCUACUAUGGGAAGUCAUCCUUCACGAAUCAGCUUCGAAUGUGCUGCAGCGGAAUCUGCCCCAACGAAGCCUGCGCGGCCCGUGAAACCUAAAGAGGACAGCACAGAAAUGUUGUACGACUUCUACCAGUCGGUUGCGAAGUCUCAAAAACGUAAAGGAGACGUUGAAACUGACAAGGUGAACAAAGUUUUGUUUUACCUUGAUACGGCAGUUUAUUUUAUCUUAUCGGCGAAGCACGUCUCGUCAGACUCACCAGAGAUUCGGGGAAACCGCCAGUACUCGAUCAUCCGGGACACCAACGACCUUCUCAAAAGGGUAACCCAUGCAUUUUCGCCUCCAUCAGAAGGAUGUUCGCCAUGGCACUUACACAUGUUAUCUCGUGUAAGGAAUCUCAGUUUGCGCUGUCAAUCCACUCUGUUGUAUCAUCUCUACAAUCUUAGAUCUCAGAAUGCGAUAAAGUCAUACAACAUGCUUGCUCAAAUGGACGCCCAAAUCCAAGAAGAACAACAGCAGCAGAAUGGGUCAGCUGUUAAUAACACAUCUCCUGGUAGCAGUGUUCAUUCGAAUUCGAACCUAUCUACCACCGUUGUUACUAUGCCCAGCAAGGUGUAUGAUUUACAAAGGCAACAACUGAAAACCUUACAUCAUUUAAUGUGGUCCCAUCGUGUAUGGCAGGAUGCUGCUAAACGUGCUGACGUUAGCAACACAGACCUUGCUUUUAUUGCAGGAUUGGAAAAAGUGUGCGGUCAACUAUUCCUUGAUGCUCCUUUGGAGAAAAUGUGUGCAUACAUGCUGACCGGUAUCGCCUGGCUUCGUGCUGAAUACGAACGGGAAAAAGCUCGCCCACCUCCUCCGGUAGCGAAACGUGCUGCAGCUGUAUAG